GGGGCGUAGAGCCGCUAGCUGUCCGUCCCGGGCAUGGAGAGGGGUCGCGCGAAAAGGGAGAAGGGGGUCAGAAAGUGCCGCGGUUCGGGGGAGGUGAGGACCGAGCAGGCGCUGACCGACAAGGUUCGAGCCACGUUUUGCGCUGCCCCGCGAUGUGCCCUGAUGGCCUUGUGUGGCCGAAACUCCCGAGUCCUGCCGGCGCUGUGGGCACUACUGGCGGUGCUAUUGGUACCGUGGAGGCUGUGGGCGAUCGAGGAUAUCGAGGAGUGCACCUGGCAGGUUGUCCUGAACAAGUUUGAGACGGUAGGCAAGAACGGCAUGAGCGACCGCUUCUUCAGUCAAGAGCCCCUGGAGACAGUGGACAAUGUGUUCAGACCGCUGGUGGAUGCACCCACCGACCAGGAUGAGAAAUACCUGAGCUUCCCAUACUACCUGAAAAUCAACUACUCCUGCAAUGGAGAGUCCUCCGAGGCCCAGGUCCGCAAGGGCCACCUGACGGGGCUGAAGCCCGUGGUGCUGGUGACCUUCCAGUCCCCAGUCAACUUCCAUCGCUGGAAGAUAGAGCAGCUGCAGAUCCAGAUGGAGGCAGCCCCCUUCCGCAGCAAAGAGGAGUGCAUCGCAGAGGAGGUGUGUGUCAUGAGCUGGUACACGCCCAUGCCCAUCAAGAACGGCAGCGUGGUCAUGCGUGUGGAUGUCAGCAGCAAUGGCCUGGGGCCCUUCAUUCACGAUAAAAGGUUUCAGGUAAACAUCAACGGCUUCUUGCAGAGACAGCAGGACGACACAUUGCAGUUCACUGUGGGAAAUGAGAUCUUCAAUCUGAUACCCCGAUACUUCGUGAAUGUGCCAUCGAGGCCCCUGUGGCACACUGUGGACCAGGCACCUGUGCUCAUCCUGGGCGGCAUUUCCGAUGAGAAGUUUAUCCUGCUUACUGACACCAGCUUCAGGGACUUCUUUCUCGUGGAGUUGAACAUUGACAGUUGCUGGGUCGGCUCCUUCUACUGCCCUCAGGCCAGUUUUACUGCCACCAUCUAUGAUGCCAUUGCUACGGAGAGCACUCUCUUCAUUCGGCAGAACCAGCUUGUCUACUAUUUUACAGGCACCUAUAUUACCCUCCACGAGAGCAACCACGGCAGUGGGAGCUGGGUUCGUGUCCUGGCCAACGAGUGCAUCAAGAGGCUGUGCCCUGUACAUUUCCAUAGCAAUGGCUCAGAGUACAUCAUGGCCCUCACCACUGGCAAGCGGGAAGGCUAUGUUCACUUUGGGACCAUCACAGAUGGCCAUGUGUCCUUCCAGUUGCUGCCCAAGCAGCGGUCUGUGUGCGAAGGGAUAGAAGUUGUCAACUGCUCCAUAACCUGGGCCGUAUUCAUUGCUGAUGACUACAAUCUACUGAUGCUGGUGGAGAUCGAAGCCCCCACCACCAGGAACUAUUUCCAGGUGGUCAGCUACGACUUGGUCCGUGAUAACCUGGUCAUCCUCUACACCAUCCCGGAAUUCAUCCCUGAUGCUCGUGGCCUGGAGUUUCUGAUGAUCCUAGGAACAGAGUCUUAUACCAGCUUCCCAAUGGUACCCAAGGGCAUGUUCUACAACCCGUAUAAAAACCUGCUGCUCAUCUGGGGCAACUUCCUCCUGCAGAGCUACAACUAUGAAAAUUUCAUCUACCUGGCGGAUUUCCCCAAGGAGGAGUCCAUUAAGUACCUGGUCAACUCAUUCCAUGGGGACAUGGCUAUUGUCACAGAGACUGAAGAGAUCUGGUACCUCCUGGAGGGCAGCUACCGGAUGUACAAGCUCUUCCCAUCCAAAGGCUGGGGGAUGUACAUCAACCUACAGAUGAUGCACCAGUCCUCUCUGUACACCUCCAAUGAAACCAUGGUCACCCUCUUCUACGAAGACAGCAAACUAUACCAGCUGGUGUACCUUAUGAACAACCAGAAGGGCCGGCUUGUCAAGAGGCUUAUGCCGGUGGAGGAGCUCCUGAUGUACCACCAGCUCAGCGAUCACUACCUCUUGCAUCAGCGGGGGAACCAACUGACGCUCCCGUUCACCAACUUCUGCCCCUUCACGGUGAUACGCCUGCGGGACCUGCCCAACCCGCAGGUCUACACCCGCCAGGAGCGCUACCAGGCGCACCCGCCGCGCAUGCUGGAGCCCUCGGGCUUCCACGACGAGAACUCGCUCGCCGUCUACCAGGGCCUCAUCUACCAUCUGCUUUGUCUGCACUCCAAGUACCUCAAGCCUUACGCGGACCCGGUGCACGACUCCACCUGGCGCUGGUGGAAGAACAAGAAACUGAACCGGGAUUACUACUUCUAUCUGGCCAGCAACUUGCAGAGCGCGAGCAACGUGUACAUUGACAUGACCAGCUACGAGAAGAUCUACGACCUCAAGGCCAAGCACGAGCUGCCCGAGCGCAUCUUCCUGGACAAGGGCACCAGCUACAGCUUCUCCGUCUUCCUGACCGUCCGGGGCCACUCGAUCAACUUACAGGAGCGCGUGCUCGCCGCUGUAGACCUGGGCAGCAAAGUGGAUCUGGGAGUGGUGCUGGCCGACCCGGGCUGCCUGGAGGCGGUGGUGAAGGAGGAGGUGCUCACUAAUCGCAACUCGGUGCUUUUCUGGGUUACGCUCAGUGAUAAAAGGUCUUGCUUUGAUCAGGGCAUUAGUGGACAUCACCUCUUGAAGACCUCCAUGUUGGUGAAGGUGGUAGGCACGGUGGGCCGCUGCUUCCAGAACACACACCAGGGACCGCGCAUGCAAGGCAACUUCAUGGUGCCAGUGCUCAUCGGCUGCCCCCCAGGCAAGCGCCUGGCAUUUGACAUCACCUACACGCUAGAGUACAACCGCCUGCAGAACAAGCACUACUUUGACUGUGUGAAUGUUGACCCCGAGAUGCCCUGCUUCCUCUUCCGUGACAUCUUCUACCCUUUCUUCUUGAUCCAAGAUCUGGUGACAGGAGAUUCGGGCAGUUUUCAGGGCAGCUACGUGCUCAAGGUGAUAGGCGGCGGGCCCACGAUGGACACCAUCAGGGAAUACAGCGAGGAGGAGAUUUACCGCUUCAACAGCCCAUUGGACAAGACUCAGAGCCUCAUCUGGACCACAAAGAACACAACGACCACCAAGGACCCAGCCUUCAACAUCAUGACCCACCAGAGUUUGGGCAUCGAGUGGCUGUGUCUGAGGAACUCCCCAUGCCAUGACACCAUUCCCCAUACCAUCUUCGCCCCCGAAUUCUUCUUCAAGGUGUUGGUAAGCAACAGAGGUGUGGACAAGAGCACAUACUGUGACUACCAGCUCACCUUCCUGCUGCAUAUCCAUGGGCUCCCACUCAGUGCCAAGCGGGCACUCUUGAUCCUCAUGGUGUCAUCCAGCGUGUUUAUUGGCCUGGUGAUCCUCUAUAUCGUCUUCUGCCUCCUGCUGCCUGUUGUGGUGAAGGCCUGCAACACGCUCCGCUGGAAGAUAAACAACAUCAUCACAUCGGAGUCCUACUACACCUACACUUCCCCUUCUAGAAUCGUUAGUGGGACAUCUGAGACCAAAUCCAAGGUCAGCUCCAGCGUCAGUUCCAAAGUGGUGGAGGAGAAAGAGGAGGCCCCUGUGGAAACCUCAAAGAAGCAUUCUAUUACCUGAACCUCUUGCCUGCCCACCCCCAACCAGUGCUCUCCCCUUACUUCCUGCACCAUCUUGGAAAUGCAACUAUCCUCCGUCCCAGGCAUUUUUUUUUUUUUUUUGGUUUUGCUUCAAUUUUCACUUCUCCUUUACGCUUAAAUCCUCAUUUCAGGACCAGCUAUGGGCCCCUGUAAGGGCUCAUGUUCAGUUAGUUUGUACCACACAGCCAUAUGGGUCAUUAAAAUCAAAAUCCUUCUGUGCCAGUUGGUAAA